AUGGCUAACAAUCAGACGCAAGUCAGUCUUGACAAUGAAAAAGACGACAAAGACUUUGUUACUGCCGCAAUCAGUGACCACGAUGGCUCUGAUACUCGCCUCUCAGACAACGAACCUCAGCCGAUUCCUUGGAAGUACAAAUGGAUUGCGCUUGCCUGCGUAAUAUCCUUCCCGUUGGGCAGGCGAUGGGCCAGUUCCACACUUGGACCUCUGAAGAAUACUCUGAGAAACGAACUCGAUAUCAAUAAUGCACAAUACGGAGUUAUCAGCAGUGCCGACGGUCUUGUCAAUACUCUUCUGCCGAUAUUUGGAGGGAUGUUACUCGAUUGGUGGGGGCCCAAUGCUGUUACCCUCGUAUGCACUACGAUCAUGCUGGGUGGAAACGCACUUGCUGCGGGUGCCACCCAUCUGGGGAAGUGGAGGGUACUAGCCGCUGGUAAUCUCAUUGAAGGGUUAGGAGUCGCUGUCCUUGACUCGGCCCAGCAUAAGUUUUUUUAUCAUUGGUUUGGCGCCCGUGAUCUCGGUUUCGCCUUCGGCAUUGAUAACGCUGUUGCAAAGGCCGUCGGAAUUGUGGCAGGCAUGGCUGCAAUUCCAAUUCGAGACGGCACGGGUCAUUAUCAAUGGGCCUUCUGGAUUGCUGUUAUAUUCUGUGCUGUUUCCUGGGUAAUCAAUAUCGGCUAUGUUUGGUUUGCCAACACCAUCGUGCCCCCUCAACACAGACUUACUUCCGCUCGAGCAGAUGCAAUGGCUAAGAACCCUAAUCUCAAGACGAAGAUCGUAGACUGGCGGAUUCUGUUUACUAUCCCAUGGGCAUAUAUGAUGUUUCCCCUAACACAGACACUACAGGCGGGGGGUGCUGGAGGUUUCGAGAACAGUGCUGCCGACAUCAUCCGUAUGAAGGGUUACAAAGAGGAUGUCGCAGGUUACAUGGCGACCGGACAGAAGAUCCUACCAAUCGUCCUCAGUCCAUUGAUCGGCAUUGGUAUGGAUAGAUAUGGACAUCGCUUUCACCUCGUUGCUCUGGCUCCAAUUUUCUUCAUCAUUUGUUGCGCCCUGAUCGGUUUCACCGACCUGCACCCACUAGUCGCUCUUGUCUUCGGCAGUCUUGGAGAUUCAUUCAAUGCACUCCCAAUUCAGAUUAUCAUUCCGCUCUUGGUCGCAGACCAGUCCAAGCUUGGCACUGCCUUCGGAUUAUGGAGAGCAUACAAUAAUUCCAACACAACAAUUACGGAUGUUGUAUAUGGUGUGCUCCAAGAUGGCACAGAGAAUAUGGGCUAUACGAAGGUACUGCUUUUUGCUAUCGGAAUAAAGGCGUGGGGUUUUGUUCUUGGGUUGUUGUACAUCGUACUUGACUUCAAGAAGCUGGGCAAGGGCAUGACGAUGACAAGACAUCAGCGUGAAGCGCGUCUGAGAGCAAUCACCGAUCCUGAAAAUGACCCUUUGACACGGAGGACUCCUAACAAGCUCAUUACUACCGCUGCUCUAGCUGUAUUGACUGCGCUUAUCAUUGUUGCUUGGAUCUUGUUCUUCAAGUAUUUGACGUAA